AUGGAAGACACCUUUGAAACCCUAUCGUCUUUAAUAAAAAACAUAUUUACUAUUCAUGAAAGUAUCCAAUUAAAUGAGAAAAUUUCCAAGUCUACAAUUGACCGAAUUGUAUCUACUGAAGCAGUAUUAAAAUUUUUGAAAAUACGAAAAAUAGAAUACAAAAAGAAAUUUCAAGAUUUGCAGUAUCAAGAAUUGUUUUAUAAAUUUCAAAAGUUGUUAACGGAGAUUAAAGUUCUUGCAGAAAAAGUGCUACAAUCAGGAGGUAUUAAGACAAUUCUAAAUGCUAACAAUAUAAAAAAGAAAUUUACCAGAUUAAUGAAAAAGUAUGAUGCAUGUAUGAGAGAUCUGAAAUUUACAAUGAUUGUUGAUAGCAAUAUCUUAAGAGAUGAUUUUGUUGUCGAAGUUAAGUCAAUAAAAGAAAUUCUUGUGGAAAAUAAGCAACAGAUAGAAAUUGUUUAUCAAGAAGUAUGCUACAUUAAAAAGCAGCUUGUAGAAAUUACAAACUUCAUCCAAGCGCAACAAUUCGAUUUUCAACAAAAAUCACAAGUACUAUUGUAG